AUGGAUAAAACGGCGAAAGAACAAGUGGCGGAGAGUACCGUAGCAGCAGAAGCUGAGUGCGAGAACGGGCCGUUGAUCGAGGAUGAGGUGGAGAGGAGCAAAGUCGGGAUUAUGAGAGCUCUUUGCGACCGACAAGAUCCCUCCACUAAGGAGGUGGAUGACUUGAUGAUAAGGAGGUUUCUGAGAGCGCGUGACCUGGACAUUGAAAAGGCUUCGACUCUGUUUCUCAAGUACCUGACUUGGAAGAGAAACGUUCUCCCAAAAGGGCACAUUCCGGAGACAGAGAUUGCGAAUGAUCUGUCGCAUAAGAAGGUGUGUAUGCAAGGACAUGAUAAGAUCGGCCGACCUAUCGUCGUUGCCAUUGGGAACAGACAUAACCCUUCCAAAGGCAACCCUGAGGAGUUCAAGCGUUUUGUAGCCUACACGCUGGAGAAGAUAUGUGCAAGAAUGCCAAGAGGUGAAGAAAAAUUCGUAGUUUUAGGAGAUCUCCAAGGAUGGGGAUAUUCCAACUGUGACAUCCGUGGCUACAUUGCUGCUCUCUCCAUUUUGCAGGAUUGCUACCCAGAGAGGCUAGGUAAAAUGUAUAUAGUACAUGCCCCCUACAUUUUCAUGACCGCCUGGAAAGUCAUUUACCCUUUUAUCGACAACAACACCAAGAAAAAGAUUGUUUUCGUGGAGAACAAGAAACUCACCCCCACCCUGCUUCAAGACAUUGAUGAAACCCAACUACCAGACAUCUACGGUGGCAAAUUGCCUCUUAUCCCUAUACAGGACUCUUAA